UGACGUCAGCACGGCUGCUGUCAGUCAGACAAAGACAGUCAGUCAGUCAGUCAGGGCGAGUCUUCCUCACAACAUCACAUAAAAUAUCAUCUUCAUCACCUGACAGAGCGCAUUAAAUGAUCUGCUGCGCUGAGAUAUUGUGUAUUUUCCUCAUUCCAGAAUGUCUCACUACACAGAUGAGCCACGCUUCACCAUCGAACAGAUCGACCUGCUCCAGAGACUGCGGCGUACAGGUAUGACCAAACCCGAGAUCGUGCACGCCCUGGACACCCUGGAGCGACUCGACCGCGAGCACGGGGACAAAUUCGGCCGGCGCGGACCGUCGGACUCCAACGCCACCACCUCCAGCACUACACCCACCUCAAAUAACACUAGCAGCGCCACUUUGGCAACCUCCUCCACCACUUCCACAGCGACGCAGACGCAGUUCCACGGUAACUUAUCGCCAUCGCCCAACAACAGUUAUGCUACAUCUCCGCCCGCCGUUUUACCAUCGCCGGUGUCUCUGGUCGCCAUGGUCCAGAAUGGGCGGGACGCUUUGGCGGCCACACCCAAUGGGAAACUAUCACCGAACCGUUGCCCGGUAAACAGUGCGGCGGCAAUGAGGUCGUACGGGCUGGAGGGGUCAGAGGAGGACCUGGAUAUAGACGACAAGGUGGAGGAGCUCAUGAGGCGGGACAGCACCCUGGUGAAGGAGGAAAUCAAAGCCUUUCUGGGCAACAGACGCAUCUCUCAGGCUGUGGUGGCUCAGGUCACAGGCAUCAGUCAGAGCAGAAUCUCUCACUGGCUCCUUCAGCAGGGCUCAGAUCUCAGCGAACAGAAGAAACGAGCUUUCUACCGCUGGUACCAGCUUGAGAAGACCACGCCAGGUGCCACACUAAAUAUGCGACCCACCCCUGUAUCCCUGGACGAGAUGGAGUGGCGUCAGACUCCGCCCCCCAUAAGCUCCGCCCCCCGGAAGCUUUCGUCUGCGCAGAGGCAGUCGAUUCACCUGGAGGAAGGAAUGUCUUGCUGUGAUGGAGAGGUGAGA